AUGGCACAGUCUUCUCAGACUCCCCAACAGGGGGAAAAGUGGGAGGACAAUCCGCCAUACCAGGCUCAAUCGCCGGAGAAGUUUGGUAGGGUCUUCUGGCACGGUAGCUGCCAAUGCGGACAAGUGAAAUAUCAAUUGAACAGAGAAAAGCCCUUGGAUGCCAAAUUCUGCCAUUGCACAAGCUGCCAGAGACUACAUGGCGCUCCGUUUCAAUGGGCUGCCAUAUUUCACAAAUCAGAUGUCAAUUUUCUAAACGGGCACAAUGGCUUGGACUUUUACAAGAGCGGCGAGAAUCUGCGCGAGCACAGUCUACCUUGCAAAGUGUUGUGCUCGCAUUGCCAUUCUCCUAUCAUGGAUGAAGGCCGGAAUGUGAUACUGCUAUUCCCGGAAUUGAUUGAUUUCGGCACAGGUCAACGCAAGAAAGAGGCGUUGGAUUUAUUUGCUCCUAGGUAA